UUAUUUACUGUGUGCACUGGAGCUAAACGUGAGUUGAUCGCUAACUGGUUGCUCCACUUCUCCACUUCUUUGCACCUCUUUUCUUGCCUCUGUGUGUCCCUCAGGAAGGGGGGAAAAGGGAGGCACACACAGGAUUCGUGGGGAGAGGCCGAAAACGGUGAAAGAGGGACAACCAUCGUGGGAGUUUUCACAGUGCCCGUGGGAUCGCAAGCAGUGUGCUGCCCAGGCAGUUCCGACGGGGAAAGCGAGUGGAAAAUUGGUCGGAAUCAAUUUUUCACAAGCUCUGGAAUUGACCAAUUCUCUCCCGCUGAUCCUCACAGUUUCGCGCGAUAGUUCUAUUUUUUUUCCCACCCCCGUUCAUGCGGUGUGUGCGUGCGUGUGUGUGUGUUGGUUGAUAUUUGGGGAAAGUGAAUUUUCCUCUUUAAGCAAUUUCUCACCAAGUCACGGAUCACCAAUGUAAGAAGGGUGAGAGUGUGCAUUAGGAGGGAUAAAAAGUCACACUUUUCGAGAGCGCAACAAGAGAGAGAGAAAGACAGGAAGUGGCAAUCGAUUUUUCCGCCGAAUUCUCAUUCAGUGCCAAUGUAAGAAGGCAGUCACAGUGCAAGGAGAGGAAGUACACACGAGACCAAAACCCCCGUAAUUUGAGAGACAACAGUGACACGCGAGAGUCAUCAUGAGUGAGAGUUUUCCGGCUCUGGUGGAGCUCAAUGUUGGCGGUGUUCACUAUUCUGCCGCCCUGAAGACGCUCCGGGCGGACGAGGAUUCGCGCCUGGCGGAGAUUUUCACAGGGAGUGCGGCGGAUCUGGAGAAGGACGCCAAGGGGCGCUUCUUCCUCGAUCGCGACGGUGUUCUCUUCCGCUACAUCCUCGACUAUCUGCGCGACGGCACGCUCACGCUGCCCGAUGGCUUCCGGGAGAACGAGCGACUGCGGCGCGAGGCUGAGCACUUCCGCCUGGCUGGACUGCUGAAGUGUCUCUCCGGGCUGUCGGAGGCCAGACCAACGGGAUGCAUCACCGUCGGCUACCGCGGAAGCUUCCAGUUCGGCAAGGACGGCCUGGCCGACGUGAAAUUCCGGAAGCUGUCCAGGAUUCUCGUGUGCGGACGCGUGGCGCUCUGCCGAGACGUCUUCGGCGACACGCUCAACGAGUCCAGGGAUCCCGACCACGGCGGCCCGGACAGGUACACGUCGCGCUUCUUCCUCAAGCACUGCUUCAUCGAGCAGGCCUUCGACAUGCUCCAGGACCAGGGCUUCCGCCUGGCGGGCAGCUGUGGCUCCGGCACAGCCGGCGCGGCCACGGAGCUGAAGCCAGGCGUGGACGUGGAGGAGAACCGAUGGAAUCACUACAAUGAGUUUGUGUUUAUCCGUGACUAAAGUGAUGGACUUAAAGAGCUUCUCAGCCGGGACAAGUUUGUCCGCCGGGAACAAUUCUUCCCACCUUUCUCACACUCUAAUCUCUGUGAUUCCUCCUCGAUUUCCACCAAAAGCAAAAAAAUCAAUCCAUUGAUUUCCUCUUCCCCCACCCCGCCCCACAUUUUCACCACCGCCAAACCUCAGAAACUUUAUUACAAUUCCCUGGGAGAAAGAAUUUAUUGCACUUGCGAGAAAACCGAGAUGAUUAAUGAAAAAGAAUUGCUUUCCCGAAGAAUGAAAAAAAAAGAGUGAAGAGAACUUUUCCGCAUCCAAUCGACAUUGAAAAAUUCUUUUGGGGUUUCCCGCCAAUCGUUGGGGUGAAAACUUACAGUCACAGUAGCCAAUAAUAUAUAUAUUUUCUCUUCCUCCAAGUUGAAAAAGAAUAAAAAAUCAACCACACAAACCCCUUAAAUGUAAUUGUGAUAAAAAAAAACACCACUUUUAGGAGAUGAAAGAGGAAAAAUGUCUAUACUUCAAAGAAGAGGAGGGUAGAAGUAACCCUUAAAGAAAAAUAGUAUUUCCGUAGUGUAUCAGAGAAGCAAAUUUUUCAAAAAAAAAAAAAUUAUAUAUUAUUAUGUACAUAACAAUAUUUAGUGAAAAGAAAUGAAUUCAAGUAUUUUAUCAAAAGAAAGAAGAAUAUAGUUUAAACUCUCUUUCCCGGUUAAAGUUGAAGUUUUGACAAGAGAAUUUAUAAUUGAUUGAAGAGAAAAUUGAAGGUAAGACUUGAGUUUGUUCACAUUCCAUUUUAGAAAGUUUAUCUCCUCAGCCCAGAAACUUGUGUCGACUGUAAUGAAUAGUCGCUUAUUUUCAAUUGAUAACAAUAUAAUAGUAAAAGAAGAAAAAAAAAAGAUUAUGAAGGAAACUUUUUGACAUUCACAGAAAAGCAGUGUGUUUGAAGUAUAAUAAAGAAAAUAGACGAAGAAAUCUCAAAAAGUAUUCAAAAGAAAGAAAAAUAGAUAAAAUGCUAUAAUAUAGUGAAAACGAAAAUCAAGAUAAUGAUGUAACUAAGUGGUGAGAUUAGUAUUUAAUUCUAGUACAUGACGAUAAAAUCUCUGGAAUUGCAAGAGUGUAAAAUGCAUUUUCAUUUUCACAUCAGAUGAGAUGAAAAUCUCCUUUCAAACUAACAUAGAACAAAGAGUGGGAGAGAGAGAGAGAGAGUGAGAGCGAAAGAAGAAACGGAAACUCAAGCGCGCGUGUGGUGAAGAAAAAUGGAGAAAGUCUAGUUAAUCUUUCAGUGGGGAUUUAUCCAAAAAAAAAGUAAAGUAAAUGUAAAAGAUGAUAAUGAAUCCAUUAUAAAAGUGUGAGGAUAUUGUAGUUAAAAUGAAAAUUCAACAAUAAAAUGAUGAUAUAGUGAGAAUAUAAUUGAUGAUAUAAUCUAGAGUAAAUAA